AUCUAUACACUCAAGAGGGUUCAAUAAGGCAGUCAAGCCAACCAGUCAAAACCCGUGCAGAAAAAACACACAAAGGUACAGAAAAUAAAUCAAGCAGAAAUCAUGGAUCUCUAUUAAGUAAGAUACGACCGAACCUUCCAGAAGGAUCAACAGAGGCUUUAAAAGAUAAACUUAAUAUAGCUUUAGAAACUUCUAAUGAUGAAGACAGUGAAUUGGGAUACGAUUUCGAAGAUCUUUCUAAUGAGGUUUCAUUAGCUUUUGAUCAAAGAGAGGAUCCAAAAACUCAAUCAAAAAUAACAUUAGUCACUUCAGCUCUAUCGGAUUCGUUGGUUGUACCUGCAGUUCAGGAAGCUCAAUCAGUUCUAUCUGAUGAAGAAGCUCAAAAAGCUCAAGCUCUAGAAAAUAAAAAAACUAAAGAAGCUCUAAAAGUUCUUGAAGCUCUGGAAGCCCUGGAAGCCCUGAAAAAUCAAAAACCCCUGGAAGCUCUGACAGCUACCCUAAUUCACAAAGCUCGUGAUUCUCUGGAAGCUAUACUAAUUCAGAAACCUCAUAAAGUUCAACUAGUUCUAUCGGAUUGGUUAGCUCACGAAGAUCUGGAAGAUCUGAAAGCUCUGGAAGAUUUGGAAUAUCAGGAAUUUAGGGAAGCUUUGCAAGCUCUGCAAGCUCUGCAAGCUCUGGAAUCUCUGGAAAGGCAACAAGCUCUGGAAUCUCUGGAAAAGCAACAAGCUCAGGGAGUUAUGCUGUUUAAGAAAGCUUACGGUGCUAUAAUCAGAAUACGAAAUUUGAGGGUUAGCAAAUCUUUUAAAGCCAGUCGCCUUUUAAUAGCUCUGAAAGAUCAAAAACCCCUCGAAGUUCUGAGAGUUAUAAUAUUUCAGAACUCUAUGGAAGCUCUAGAAGCUCUAAAAACUCUGAAAGCUCUCAAAGCUCUGAAAGCUCUAAAAACUCCGGAAGAUCAGGGUGCUCUAAAAGCUCUGGAAGCUCUGGAAGAUCAGGAAGCUCUGAAAGAUCAGGAAGCUCUGAAAGCUCUGGAAGAUCAGAGAGCUCUGAAAGCUCUGGAAGAUCAGAGAGCUCUGAAAGCUCUGAAAGAUCGGGGAGCUCUAUUAAUUCAGAAGGCUCAUGAUGCUCUAGAAGCUCUACUAAUUAUGAAAGCUAAGAAAGCUCUACUAGCUCAGAAGGCUCAUCGUGCUCUAGAAGCUCUACUAAUUGAGAAAGCUGAGAAAGCUCUACUAAUUCAGGAAACUUUGU